CGUCGAGUUGAAAGGUCCUACGUUGGAUCAGCGUCGUCGUGUCGAUACAUUAGUGUUAACUAAUCAGAGUAAAAUAACAAGAUACCAGUACGGGUCUGCUCAUACGAAGAGCCAUUCCCGAUCGUCAGUAACCACUUGAAAGUGCAGUGAUUAAGCCGUCAGAAAAAAACAGUUUAGUGCUCCCUAAACAGAAAAGCGAAGCUCCCGGAAAACCCAAGUGUUGUAGCAAACCUAAUGCUCUGCCCUCCAACCAUGCGUCCGGCCAGUCCCGCCGAAUCCGAAAUCUCCGUGGGCGGAGCGCCCAGUCCGCUGCCCACGCAGCACCAUCCGCAUCCGCAAACGCACUCGCAUCCGCUGCAGCAUCCGCGAGCCAGCACCAUCGAUCUGCUGCAGCAGCAGCAGCUGCUGAUGCAGCACCACGCAGCAGCGGCCGCGGCAGCCGCAGCAGCUGCCGCAGCAGCCUCUGGACUCAGCCGGAAUGCCGUCGGCAACCUGCCGGAGGACUACUUCCAGCCGCUAAAGCGCCUGCGCAUGUCCUCGUCCUCCUCGGAGCCACGUGAGCACACGCCCAGUCCGCCGGCAGCGGUUCCGGAGCCCCAGACGAACACCACCAAGUCGGCCAUCGAGGGCGUGAAGAGCUUCUCCAUCGCGGACAUCCUGGGUCACUCGGAGAAGCAGCGCGAUGAGUCCGUUUCCCCGCCGCCGAACUCCAACCUCCUGGCUCCUCCUGCCUCCAGACCAGUGGUCUCCUCCGGAGGAUUACUGCAGCCCCGAACGGAGCCACUUGACGUCCAUCCGGCGGCGGCUGCUGCCAUGCUCCUGCCCGGCGGACAGAUUGUCCGGCCGUGGGACCACCUCCUGGGUCCCGCCAUGCCCGUCCGCCCCUUCAUCCCCUCCGCCCUGCUGCACUACGAGCAGCGGUUGGCGCUGGACUACCACCGCCAGCUGCAGGAGCACUUCAACGCCCAGGCGCAGCUGCUGCGCCACAUGGGCAUGGACAUCAUUCCCUCGGAGAGCGGCUCCGAUCGCUCCAGUUCGGCGGCCAGCGACUGCUGCUCCCCGGAGAUCGCCAGGGACUCCGCGCCCGUCGCAGGGAGCAGCGGGAGCGGGGGAGCGGCCAGUGGGGCCAACAAUGCCGCAGCGGUUGCCAAGGCCAAAGCCAAUGGAACGCCUCUGGAUGCACUCUUCCAGAUGACCACCAAGGACUUUGACGAGUCUCAAGACAAAUCCCACUUGGACAUAUUCUCGAACCGACCGCAGCCGAAGAAGAAGCGCAAGUCGCGCACCGCCUUCACCAACCACCAGAUCUUCGAGCUGGAGAAGCGGUUCCUCUACCAGAAGUACCUCUCGCCAGCGGAUCGGGAUGAGAUCGCCGCCUCCCUGGGACUCUCGAAUGCCCAGGUGAUCACCUGGUUCCAGAACCGCAGGGCCAAGCAGAAGCGCGACAUCGAGGAGCUGAAGAAGGACUUCGACAGCGUGAAGGUCUUCUCCGCCCACAAAUCCUUCCUGGAGAACGUGAACGACCUGAGCAUCCUGAAGAAGAAGCCGAUGCACGAGGCGGACAUGGUGGGUCUGGCCGCCGCAGCAGCCGCCGCCGGAAUGGUGGUUCCGGUGCCCGGAUCCGUUCCGAUGGGCGGGGCACCGCCCAAAUGAGGACGCAGCCAGGUGCGCACCGAACCGCCAAGGCAACCUGAUGAUUGGUACAGAAAGUGAGCAACGAGGAGUCGAGUAUUUUGUUUA